AUUUCCCAUUUACUUUGAUGCCCAUUACACACAUUUUGUGCCUGUGCCUGUGUGUGACAACACUGCAUUUUUGGUAUUUUACAGAUGUGGGCACUGCAUUCUCUGUCACUGAUUAUUGAUUCUGCUGGUCCUUUAUAUCAUGUGCAUGUGGAACCUACCCUUUCUCUUGUUCUUAUGUUGUUGUUGACUGUGCCUCCUGCUUAUACUGAAGUCCAUCAAAGCCUUGGUCGCUGUUUAAAUGCACUUAUAGCCACUUUGGGUCCUGAGUUGCAAGGCAGCAGUGCUGCAGUCGUAGCCUUAAGGGCAUCCUGUCUCCUUGGCUGCACAGUGAUGCAGGAAAAUCCUGACUGCCUCAUCCAGGCUCAAGCUAUCUCUUGCCUUCAGCAGCUUCACAUGUUUGCUCCUCAUCAUGUAAACCUGUCGAGUCUUGUCAAGUGCCUUUGUGAGAUCUUGUUGGAAAAUUCUGUGUUGGUGAAUCUCUCUAGUUCGUAUCUAUUAUUGAGACGUGCAGUUCUAGCUUGUUUGCAUCAGCUUGUACAGAGAGAGGCAGUUGAAGUAUCUGAACAUGCAGUGGCCCUCGCUAAAGAAGGUAGAGAAGACUUUACUUCAGGUGUUAAUAUAGGUGAAAUAGGCCUUGAAGGAGCUUUGCUGAGUUUGUUGGACAAAGAAUUGGACCCAAAACUGUGCCAAGAUAUCAAAGAAACUCUGACCCAUAUGCUUAUAUCAAUGGCUGUUGGAAAACUCUCCUUUUGGCUGAAACUCUGCAAAGAUGUUCUGGCUGCUUCUGCUGAUUUUACAGCUGUAUCUUCAGUGGAUACAAGCCAAGAAGAAGAGGGUACUCAAGGAGAUGAUGAAUUGGCAUUAACUUUGGCAAAGAAGGAUAAAUUGCACCCAUUCCCACAUCCCCGAUGGUCUACUAGAGUUUUUGCUGCAGAAUGUGUUUGUAAAAUUAUCACCCAGUGUGAGAAUGCGGGCGGUGCUCAUUUUGACAUAGCUUUAGCACAGGAAAUGAAACAAAGGGACUCAAGAGGUGAUUUCUUGGUAUUAUAUUUAGCUGACUUAAUUCGUAUGGCUUUUAUGGCUGCCACUGAUCAUAGCAACCAACUUCGUCUUUCUGGACUUCAGAUGUUGUUAAUUCUUAUUCGAAAAUUUGCUGCUGUAGUAGAGCCAGAAUUCCCAGGUCAUGUAAUACUGGAGCAAUACCAAGCCAAUGUUGGUGCUGCUCUUAGACCAGCCUUUACCUCAGAAACACCACCUGAUGUAACAGCAAAAGCAUGUCAGGUUUGCAGUGCUUGGAUAGCAAGUGGUGUAGUAAAUGAUCUUAAUGACCUUCAAAGAGUUCAUCAUUUGCUUGUGACUUCCUUGACAAAAGUACAGGCUGGAAAAGAAGCACAAAAUCAACUAUACAAUGAAGGCACAUCUACUAUGGAAAUACUUGCUGUACUAAAAGCUUGGGCAGAGGUUUAUAUAGUUGCCUCACAAAGACAGAAGAAACAAAAUGACAUCAAUAGUCCACCUUUGGUUAAAAACAUUUCAGAGGAAAGUUUCCUGGAUCCAUCCUCUUCAGUGGAUGAACUUCUGGAUUUAGUCCAAGUGGAUCUAGGGAAUCUGAGCAAACUCUGGCUUGCUGCACUUCAGGAUUUUGCUCUCUUAACUUUGCCUUCAGAAUUUGCUUCUCAACUUCCCUCUGAAGGUGGUGCCUUCUAUACUGCAGAAACAAUUGAAAAUGCAAGACCGCAUUAUCAAAACGCCUGGGCUCAGAUUCUUCAUGCUACUGCAUUAUGGCUUACUAGCACUGGUUUUCUGGUUGGUGAUUCAGAUGAAGGUCUAACUAAUCUUUCACGACCUGUUACGCCAACUAGUAUGUGUCAAGAUUCUACCUCUAGGGCUGCGGUAAAAUCACCUGAAGAUGUGAAUACUGAUAGACUUCAUCUUGUUCUGGGAAUUAGCGUGGAAUUUCUCUGUUCUCCCCGGUCAGAUGAAGCGAUGGAAAACAUUAUUGCUUGUCUGGAUGCCUUGCGGGUCCUGCUUGAAGUUCCCUGGCCAAGAUCUAAGAUUGGAAGUGAUCAGGAACUGAGUGUGGAGUUGUUGAAUGUUUUACAUCGACUUAUACUGACCAGAGAGUUCCCAGACAUUCAACUGGCUGCUCUAGAAGUUGUCCAACAGGUUCUUUUCGCAGCACAGGAGCAUGUCAAGGAAAAACGGAGAAGUGCAGAAGUUGAUGAUGGGGCUGAAGAAAAGGAGACAUUGCCCGAGUUUGGAGAAGGCAAAGAUACAGGAGGACUUAUACCAGGAAAGUCUUUAGUCUUUGCAACACUGGAAAUGUGUGUGUGUAUUCUUGUAAGGCAGCUACCUCAGCUAAACCUGAAGAUAACAGGUAGCCCUGGAAUUACAGCUGGAAAACCUCAGUUGUUAUCAGCAGACGGGAACAGAUUGGUAGCAGCAGCCCUGGGAAUCCUCUCUGGUGUUCCUGCAGUCUGUUCACCAGAAGGAAGCAUUGCUGUUCUUCCCACAAUCUUAUAUCUGAUUAUUGGAGUCCUCAGAGAAACUGCUGUGAAGUUAUCCAGUGGCCAUUUACCCAUGACUGUUGCUGCAUCACUGCAAGCUCUUAAAGGAGUCCUGUCAUCACCCAUGGCUCGGGCAGAGAAGAGCCAAAUGGCUUGGAAUGAAUUGCUCCGUAGUGCUCUGGUCACCAUUCUUAAUUUUUGGGAUCAAGAUGAUGCUGGUCAAGAAUUGGAUGAAAGUAGUCUGCUGACUGCGAUCACCGUAUUUAUUUUGUCUGUAAGUCCAGAAGUUAUUACCAUGGAAUGUCUUCAGAGACAGUGCAUUGAGAAGUUUAAAUCAGCUAUGGAAUCUAAAGAUCCCAUUGUACAACUUAAAUGCUAUCAGCUGCUCCUUUCCAUUUUCCAGUGUCCCAAUCCAGCUGUUUCAUAUCCUUACAUUCAUUCAUUAAUAUCUUCAGUAGUGGCCAAACUACAAGAAACAGAAAAAAAUAAACCAGAGAAUUCUGCUGAACUCCAAGUUAUUCAAGAAGGAAUAAAGGUAGUGGCUGCUGUUAUAGCCCUUGCUGAGGAAGAGCAUCGAAGUCAGCUAGUGGCUUGUUUUAUUCCUAUCCUCAUAUCUUUUCUUUUGGAUGAAAACGCCCUAGGAUCAGUUUCAAGUUCAGCAAAGUAUCUUCAUGAGUUUGCUUUGCAUUAUCUGAUGCAGAUUGGUCCACAGUAUACGUCAGCCUUUAAACAAUCAAUGGCUUCUUCCCCAUCCAUGAAAGCAAGACUUGAGUCAGCCGUAAAAGGAAAUCAAGAAAGCAUCAAGGAUAAGUCAACAUCUAAGCAUCCAAAGAAUCCUGGGAAAGGCUCAAGUAUUCAACUAAAGACUAACUUUCUGUGAAAAAGGCUUCUAAAUCUUUAAGCACCCUGGUUAGAUUGAAAAGUGGGUUUUCCCACAGUUUUAUCAUGGAGAUGUUUGUUUUCAUUUCUUUUAUGCAUUACUUAAUUUUGAAUAAAGCUCCAGUUCCAGAGAAGUGGUGCACCCGUGCACCCAUGCACCCAUCUACCUAUCCCUCAGCUAAUUGACUCAAUACCUGCUACAACUUUUACUGCUGAAGCUCCUGAACUAAAAGUAUAGUACCAGUUACAUUAUCUGUUUGCAAAUACAAUCCCCAAUAAGAAGAUGGCAAUUCAGUUGUUAAAAUAUAUAUUACAAGAUUUUUUUUCAAAAAAAAGUUGCAAUUUUCUUAAUUUUAUUUACAACAUAUUACAACGCUAGUGAAUAAAAUAUAUUGAAGACUUCAUUAAAUGUGUUAACAUCUUGAUAUACUUAUAUUAAUAAAACCACUUUUAUUUCAGUCUUGAAUCUUGGCACAAACACCGACCUAGGGAAGCUCCCAUCCAUUGCUGUUUCUUGAUACUACAGGUAUUCCUCGACUUCAAACCACAGUUGGGACUAGAACUUUCAUCGCUAAGUGAUGCUGUUGUUAAAUGAGGCGCGCCUGAUUUUACAACAUUUUUGCCAUGGUUGUCACAGUUGCUAAGCAAACCUGACUCUUCCCCCCCCCCCCUGUUGAUUUUGCUUGUUGGAAGCCCCCGAGAAGGUCAUAAAUGGAAAUCACAUGAUCCAGAAAUGCAGCCACUGUAAAUACAUGCCUGUUGUCAAGCACCCAAAUUUUGAUCAAUAGGGAUGCUGUGAUGGUUGUAAGUCUGAGGAUCAGUUGUAAGUCACUUUUUUCAACACUAUUGUAACUUUGAAUGGUUGUUAAACAAUAAUAAUAG